ACAUAUCUUUGUGUUCAGUCUCCGGUGCAGGGGAGGGCAGCAGGAGACUGAAAUUCCCCCGCCAACUGUCACACACGAGGAGCAAGAAGAGAAAGAACCGCAGUCGCGCGCACUCGUGAGCGCGCACAGACACUAAAUCCGCUAGACAACUAAACCUGUCCCGGACCGCGGGAGAGAUGACUGUUUUUACCGUUUUAGCAAAUCUUCAUGUACGGACCACCUGUAUCCAUUUGUACCCUUAAGGAAACUAAUUAUUCUGUGGAAUACAACUAUUUGGGAGGACGCCUUACUCAUCUUUUGUUUUCUUUUGGAGAAAAAAGCCGCACGGGGUUUGUCGAGCCAGUGGGUAACGUUAACGUUAACGUGAGUCAGGAGUUGGAACAACGACAAGCUUUCCGUACUAACUUACAUUUCAAAAAACUCUUUUGCUGGACACGUAACCUUUUAAGACUUUUUUUAGGGGCUAACAAUGACCCUGGACUGCCCAAAACAGUGUCAGAGGCUAAGCUAGGUUUUGAGCUGAACUAUUAUGAAAGCUACACGCUGUGUUGACCAAGCGGGUAUUUAUAGCGAAAAUUUGGAGCGUUACUCCAAAAGCUAUUGCUAAAGGAAACCCACACUUUAAAGUUUAAAUCCACUGUCAACUUUCUAACGUUAGCUAAUUGAAUGACCCAGGAUUCACCAUGUCGUUUUUUAAUUUCCGUAAAAUAUUUAAAUUGGGAUCUGAGAAGAAGAAGAAACAGUAUGAACACGUCCGCAGAGAUGAGAAUCCAGAGGAAAUAUGGGACAUAAUCGGUGAAUUGGGAGAUGGCGCCUUUGGAAAAGUGUUCAAGGCUCAAAACAAACAGACCGGCAUCCUAGCUGCAGCCAAAGUUAUUGACACAAAGACCGAGGAGGAAUUGGAGGACUACAUGGUGGAGAUCGACAUCCUGGCCUCCUGCGACCACCAAAACAUCGUCAAACUGCUGGACGCUUUCUAUUAUGAGAGCAAACUCUGGAUCCUCAUCGAGUUCUGUGCAGGAGGGGCUGUGGAUGCUGUCAUGCUAGAACUGGAGAGACCCCUUACAGAGCCUCAGAUCAGGGUGGUUUGUAAGCAGACUCUGCAGGCCCUCGUCUACCUUCACGACAACAACAUCAUCCACAGAGACCUGAAGGCUGGCAACAUCCUCCUCACGCUGGACGGUGACGUCAAGCUGGCUGACUUUGGUGUCUCUGCCAAAAACACCAAGACGCUGCAGAGGAGAGACUCUUUCAUUGGAACGCCUUACUGGAUGGCUCCAGAGGUGGUGAUGUGCGAGACGUCCAAGGACCGUCCAUACGACUACAAGGCUGAUAUCUGGUCCCUUGGGGUCACCUUGAUUGAGCUGGCACAGAUUGAGCCACCCAAUCACGAGAUGAACCCCAUGAGAGUCCUGCUGAAAAUAGCCAAGGCUGAUCCCCCUACCCUGAUGCAGCCAUCACGCUGGUCCCCAGAAUUCAGUGAUUUCUUAAGGCGGUGUCUGGACAAGAAUGUGGACAACAGAUGGAGUCCGACGCAGCUGUUACAGCAUUCAUUUGUGUCCAGUGUGAUAGACAACAGGCCACUGAGGGAGCUCAUAGCCGAGGCGAAGGCUGAGGUCACCGAGGAGAUUGAGGAGCACAAAGAGGAAGAAGAGGAGGAAGAGACAGAAGCACAUCUGGGUCACAAACGCGCCGCCUCUGAUGUCAGCGUGGCCAGCACAGAGGAAGAGAAGAUCCCCGUCUCUCCCUCCGUCUUGGAAUCAGUCCCUGAGAAGGCUGAGCCACUGCUGCCCGUGGCCACGCCCACUGAGCUCCCUGUGGUCACGCCUACUGAGCUCCCUGUGGCCACGCCCACUGAGCUCCCUGUGGCCAACCAUGUGGUGGACACUAGCUUUGUGGAGGAGCCCGCUGCCCCUGGCGCUGGGGAGCACACGGAGGAGUGUUCAAUCACUCCAGUUGAGGGUGGUGAGGUAGAACAGAAACAAGUGGAGGAAACGCUUCCAGAAGCAGGAGUAGAUGUUGCCUCCCCAGGACCAGAGGCUGAACCAGAGGCACCUGCUAAGGAAAUGCAGCAGCUGGAGAUUGCUGUUGAGGAUGAAAAGGAAGUGGACACAGCUGAGGUUCCAGCCAAUACACAGACCAGCACAGAGAGUUCAGAGGUCACUGAAACUCCUCAGGAGGAAAAGAUGACUGUUGUGGAGGAAUCAAGCACACCAGCAGAGGAGGAGGAGGACCAGUACAAACAUCUGAAGGUGACACUGACACUACCAGAGCCAGACAAAGUUCUUCCAGAAGAGGAGAAUGGCGAGAAACCAACAGAAAAGGAUAAAAUAAAUGCAGAAGAUGAGAAGACUGUUCCAGACAAAGCUAAGGAUGAUAAGGAGAGAGAUUCAGACUCGGGGAGCGUCUCAGCCGCAGAUAACAGCAGCGUUGACCUCAAUCUGUCUAUCUCAAGCUUUCUGUCCAAGACAAAAGAGCGUGGAUCUGUUUCCAUACAGGACACAAGGCGUCAGAAGAAGACGUUGAAAAAGACUCGCAAAUUCAUUGUGGAUGGAGUGGAAGUUAGCGUGACUACAUCAAAGAUCGUCACUGACAAUGAUACCAAGAACGAGGAGAUGAGAUUCCUGAGGCGCCAGGAGCUGAGGGAGUUGCGUCUCCUGCAGAAGGAGGAGCAGAGGGCCCAGCAGCAGCUCAGCAACAAGCUGCAGCAGCAAAAAGAACAGAUCUACCGGCGCUUUGAACAGGAGACCACGAGUAAGAAGCGUCAGUAUGACCAGGAGGUGGAGAACCUGGAGCGACAGCAGAAGCAGACCAUCGAGAGGCUGGAGCAGGAGCACACCAACCGGCUCAGGGACGAGGCCAAACGCAUCAAAGCCGAGCAGGACAAAGAACUCUCCAAGUACCAGAACAUGCUGAAAAACCGCAAAAAAGAGGAACAAGAGUUUCUUCAGAAGCAGCAGCAGGAUCUGGACAGCGCUCUGAAGAAGAUUAUCCAGCAACACAAACAUGAGCUUGCCACUAUUGAGAGAGACUGUCUCAACCACAAGCAGCAGCUUCUCCGAGCACGGGAGGCUGCCAUGUGGGAGCUGGAAGAGCGCCAUCUGCAGGAGAAGCACCAGCUGUUCAAACAGCAGCUCAAAGACCAGUACUUCAUGCAGAGACACCAGCUGCUGAAGAGACAUGAGAAGGAGAUGGAGCAGAUGCAGCGCUACAACCAGCGUCUGAUUGAGGAGAUGAAGAACAAGCAGACACAGGAGAGAGCCAGACUGCCGAAGAUUCAGCGCAGCGAGGCCAAGACCCGCAUGGCCAUGUUCAAGAAGAGCCUUCGUAUCACUGGGGCCGCCAUCACCCCCGAGCAGGAGAGGGAGAAGGUCAAACAGUUUGCAGCCCAGGAGGAGAAGAGACAGAAGAAUGAGAGGCUCCAUCAGCAGCAGAAACAUGAAAACCAGAUGAGAGACCUGCAGCUGCAGUGUGACGCCAACAUCCGAGAGCUUCAGCAGAUGCAGAACGAGAAGUGCCACCUGCUGAUUGAACAUGAGACCCAGAAGCUGAAGGAAUUAGACGAGGAGCACAGCCUGGAGCUGAAGGAGUGGCGGGAGAAACUACGACCCAGGAAGAAGGCCCUGGAGGAAGAGUUUGCCAGGAAGCUGCAGGAACAGGAAGUGUUCUUCAAGAUGAGCGGAGAGUCGGAGUGCCUUAACCCCUCCACCCAGAGCCGCAUCUCCAAGUUCUACCCGAUCCCCACCGUCCACUCCACCGGUUUCUAGGAGAAACCUACGUACACAUGCACAGACAUACAUACGGUGCACAUGGACAUGAGUGCACACGCACCGACAGUUAAGACCGAACCUGUGCUGCCUUGCCCUAAUCCUCUGAAAGCUGUUGGACAGUGUGAGAAGCAUUUCUGUUAAUGGACUCCUCAGUCUGCAGCUCUGCCCUGCAAUACUCUUACUUAUUUUGCAAAUUUGGUCAUAUUUUCAAACUACUACAGUCAUUUUGAAAGAGAAUUAAUAUUUUCAGAUCCAGUGUCCAGUGGUCUUCGACUCAAAACCACUAAAGUGAAGUAGCUCUCUGUUUUCUCGCUCUCUGAUCAUUAUUUGCUGCUCAGUUUUUCUCUCAUUUAGACAUUGGCACUAAAGAAAGGAAAGAAUUUUUUUUUGUUUGUUUUUUGUUUUUUUUUACACACAAUGUUGAUGAUUCAAUUUGAUUAAAUAUUAAAUAGCAAUCUCAUAAUUUUAUAAUAAGUGAUGAUAAAAUUGAAUUUAUUUCUGAUACAGGAGCCAGAGCACAUUUUUAAUAUGAAGGAAUGAUCAUAGAAUAUAUCUUUACUACAUUAAAAAUCUCUGUUUGAAUUGUAGGUUGUGUUACAUCAGAGGUUCAACUAACCCGUCUAAUGCAUGAUUUUAAAGCAAGCUUUCUUAAGUUUUUCUUACAGAAAUGAUUCCUUCUUUGAGGGUUUUUCUUCAGAAUGCCUUUGUGUCUCGAGCAUAACCUGAGAUCACUAUUUAGCAACAAGCAUUAGUUGCUUGUUGUGUACAUGGAGGUGUGGAGAUGGUGUUUACAUCCAGAGACAAAUGAUCACUGUUGGGACACUAAGGAAGUCACUGUGGUGGCAGGAAAAAAAGACUGCAACAAGCAUUUAUGUACCUGUAUGUUUGUCAGUCUGCUUUUUCUGUUUUACGUAACACCACUUUAUCAUUGUCAAGCAAAACCUAUGUACCUAUAGGAGCAUUAUUCAGGGAUGAAUAAAGAAUGCAAUUUUUUCCACAAAUUCUGGAAACAUUUUGACAGUCUUAUGACUUUCUAGCAUGCUACUUUAAACAGAAAUCACCUAAUCUGCAGUACAGACGAUGACGCGUCCUUUGUAUGUGCUUUGGUUUUCUUAAUAUGACUCCUCAUAAGGUAUUUUACUACCAGAUGUAUCAUGGGUUGGCCUGCAUGGCUUUUCUUUCUUCUUUGUAUUGAAAUGAUAAUACUGUUUUUAUUGUAAUGCUAGCUAAUAGCCUUAAUAGUUCAGGAAAGCUGUACUGUACUGUACCCGCCUUUAAAGAUUUCGGUUGAACUGUAGGUUUUGUGCCACCUCGCCAACUUAAUGUUCUGUUCUGACUUUAUGAAGGAUAUUAACAAAUUCAGAAUUAUUGCAUCUGUAUUCAAAGUAACAAAAAAAGAACAUGAACUCUUAGCAGUUUUUUAUUUUUAUUUAGACUGAUGUAUUAACGCAGUUGUAAAAACAAAAUGUUCAAAAAAUGGACCUGACUGGUUUAGGCCAUCUUGACUUCUGAUUGGUUCAUUUGAUCAACUUUUUUUUAUGAUUGGCUAUUGAGAGUUAUGGUUAGUCAGAGGUAUUUAAUAACUGAACUGUAGAAAAUGCAAUGAAGGAGUGCUGUGCACCUUUUUACAAAACUUUCUCAGUAGCUAUUUAUAUAAAAACAUCUCCCAAGCUACAGCAUCUGUACUGUAGCUUAUUAAUUGCAGUUUGCAGUGUGCAUCAGUCAGUUCUUGUUCUGUUGGUCAGUGAGAUUCUUCAAAAAGUCAGUAAAUUGAUUUAAUUCUGAAUGUUGAAUGAAAAUGAUAUCCAUAUCAAAAUCGUUAUGCAUUUAAAAAAAAAAAUAAAUGUAUAGUUUUUAGAUUACCUGUGUAAAGUAGAUUUUGAUUUUUGCUGUAAAUAAACAUUUUUCUCUGUUCUACA